AUUCACUUCACAACUUCUUUCCUCUUUACUAAAAGCAAUAUACAUAUCUUGGCAUUUGGCCAAACUAUAUAUCCUCAUUAAAUAUUCUUGAAGUUAUUUAAACAUGGAUAUGGUGAUGGAGUUGGAAACAACAAGCUCGGUGGUGAUUUUCACCAAGAGUAGUUGUUGCAUUUCUCACAGUAUUGAAACCCUAAUCCGUAGUUUUGGAGCAAACCCUACUGUUUACGAGCUCGAUACACAUCCAAAUGGGAAGCAAAUGGAGAAGGCAUUGAUGGAACUAGGGUGUCAACCAAGUGUGCCAGCAAUAUUUAUAGGGAAAGAAUUAGUUGGUGGUGCAAAUGAGAUAAUGAGCCUUAAUGUGAGGGGCAAGCUUAAACAAUUGCUCUAAGGGCUAAUGCCAUUUGGGUAUAGAAAAUAGUUAAUAAUGACUUGGUAGCAAGUCUAGGAGUACUUUUGAUAGUAAUUUUUAUUUUUAUUUUUGAAAAAUACCAACCUCUAGAGGUUGGUUUUUUAGGUUUGGGGUUGUUUUUUCUCCCAUUUUAAUUUGCUUUUUGAUGUACAAAUAAAGUAGUACAUUGGUCAUAGCUAAUGGCAAUU